AUGACCGUUUUGCCGCUUUUAUGGUCGGGAUGUUUUAUCGUACUUUUUUCGCACGGGUGGCUUUCGACGUGGCUGAACUGUCCAGAGAGAUCCGACUCUCGGCCGAGAUGGCGGUGCCACUUCAAAGGAAGUGUGAUGGGCGAAUGUGUGAGGUGGCCGCCUGCGGACCGGGCUGAAAUGAACAUGCACACAGGCAGGCGAAGGGGCGGAGUAAUGAGAGGAGGGGGAGUGCCUGGAGCAGGAGGAUCGGGUCUGUCCAGCUAA